CUCUGAACUCGCGCGCACGCACCAGCGCGCCACGGACUUUGCGCUUAAGCGCGUACGGUAUACAGUGUCAGUCCGCGUUCAGCCGAACAUCCGCGUGGUCUUGUGCGCUUCGCCCAUUGGUGCCGUACGUGUACGUCGCUUCCGAACCACGAGUCACCGAGUACACGCGCGUUCUGUUCCGCGAGCUCUCUGUCCAUCUCCUCUCGACGCGCCGAUCGGCAUUGCCGUUCCUGACCCAGUCAUCCUUCUUCUCCUCCUUCUCUUCAUCCUCCAUUCGGGACAAACGUCUUGUGCCACGUCAUCGUGCCGUCGUGUUUUGAUGUUUUCCGUGUUCCGCGUGUGCCGUACCGAUCCGCUGUGAGACGGCGCAUGACGAUGUCCACGAUCCGUCCCGCGUCCGCGUGAUACGCUCUUUCCCGUCGCAGCGCGCGAGACCAGCGGAGCGGCCCACGAGCGUCGCGUACGCGUGAAACUGUGAUGCCGGCCACCCACCGCCGUGGUCGUGGUGGCCACCGCGGUCCGGUGCGGUACCACCGUCGCAGUCCGGCAGCAACGGCACGGUCAGCGACGACCGGAGUAGCGACGGCAUCAGCUGCGUGCGGGAACAGCGACGCGACGAGCCCAUUCGGCGGGUGAUUCAAGCACGAGCGCGCGUACCAUCACCAAGCGUACACGCAUAUCGCAAACAAUACGCGUGCACCGAGGUCGCUCGGAAGACGAGACAGGUUGGUUACCGACGCGGAUCAUCAAUAUCUUAUCGUGGUAACCGUCCGGACUCGGAACGCACACGCACGCACGCGCCCACGUACACGUACGCACACGUACGCACUGCGCGCCGGCACACACGCGGGUCAUGAGUUUUGUCUGGUGGAAGGACUUCCGGAGAAAGCGACCACCGCCAGGCCGGCGGACGUGGAGGAGCUUCGACUGUUGGCGACAACAGCCCAUUGCUUGCGUCGUCCACGUGGUCCAUCAUCGACUAUUCGCGUCACUGGUGGCCGUCACUUAGAGUCCGCUCGACCGUCUCCCCCUUCCCGUCCGAUUGCCACCACCGUGAAAAUGGAACAGCUGGACAUGGCCGAGAACCUGUCCAACCUGUCGGGCAUGGUGUUCAAAAUCGACCAGAACGAGUUCGGACUGCUGGUCGACCAGAACAGUACCAGUUACCUGAACGAUACCAACGGCACAAUGGACCCCAACCGAACGUACUACAUUUUCGAGUCCGUGUACCCUUCCACGUACUCGAUACCGGAGAUAGUGAUCGCCUCCGUGGUGGUCAUCAUGCUCAUGAUCAUCGUGGUGGUGGGCAACAUGUUGGUCAUCAUAGCCAUCGUGACCGAGAAGGCGCUGAAGAACGUUCAGAACUGGUUCAUAGCCAGCCUGGCCGUGGCCGACUUCUUCCUGGGCAUAAUUGUCAUGCCGUUCUCGUUGGCCAACGAGCUAAUGGGCUACUGGAUAUUCGGCGACUGGUGGUGUGACAUACACGCGGCCCUGGACGUACUCCUGUGCACCGCGUCCAUCAUGAACCUGUGCCUGAUAGCCCUGGACCGGUACUGGUCUAUCACGCAGGCCGUCGCGUACCUGAAGAAACGGACGCCGUCACGUGCCAUCGUUAUGAUCGGUUUCGUGUGGAUAUUCAGCGGCGUCAUAUGCAUACCGCCGUUGCUCGGCUGGAAGGUCAAGAGAGUGCCGGAACGAUAUCCGAAAUGUGAGCUGAGCAAGGACUUGGGCUACCGGAUAUACUCGGCGCUCGGAUCGUUCUACAUACCGUCGUGCAUCAUGGUGUUCGUGUACAUCCGGAUAUACUUCGCGGCCAAGGCGCGGGCGCGGCGGGGCAUCCGGAAACCACCGUCCAAACCCAAGAACCAGAAAGGUGUGGCGGUCAAGGCAUCCAAAGGCCUGCGCAGCCCGUCGUCCGCCGUGUCGCAGACGACCAGCUUCAUCACACGGCCACCGCCGUUGACGACCGCCGGUGGCCAUGCACCAUGCGGCGGGUCCCGUUCGCCACCGGCCACGCCGGUGAGCACCACGUUGCCGGUGAUCGCGUGCGACUACGCGAGCGACGCGAGCACCAGCGAUGUGAGUAAGGACGGUGACAAGGACACGCUCAAAGUGUUCACCACGCAGGGCAGCCGCCGGCUGACGGUCAACGGGGACCUGGGACCGGGCGGCCGGUGUCGGGCAUCUAGCGUGGCCGUAGACGCGGACAUGGUCAGCGAGCUAGAGCCCUCGUCAUCGGACUCGGGCAACGUGCAGAAGUGCGGCGUGGUGAAGCCGGUCAAGGCGCGGUUGUGCAAACCGAUAUUCGGCAACCGGAAGUCGGCCAAGGCGGCCGCGUCGGCCAAAGCCAAGCGCGACAUACUGGAUACGGGCAAGGUGUCCAUGAUGAGCCGCGGCGGUGGUGACUUUGGUGACGCACACCCAGCGGUCACAUCACCGUCGGGCGUGAGCGGGGCUGGCAUUGCGGCCGCGGCGUGCCAGCCGCGUCCCAAGCCGCGGGACCCCGAACGGGAGAAGCGGCGAAUCGCGCGCAAAAAGGAAAAACGGGCCACGCUCAUCCUGGGCCUGAUCAUGGGCUCGUUCAUUGCAUGCUGGCUGCCGUUCUUCUUCAUGUACAUACUCACGCCACUGUGCUCCGUGUGCUACAUACCACCGCAGGCGUUCACCAUAGCCUUCUGGUUGGGCUAUAUGAACUCGGCCAUCAACCCGGUCAUCUACACGAUAUUCAACAAGGACUUCCGGCGCAGCUUCCGGCGUGUGCUGUUCAAGUAGUGACCAUCAUCAUCAUUAUCAUCAUUGUCCUUAUUCGCAUCAACAUCCGUCGCCGAAUCGCAUCUUCCCGACAUCGCAGCGCGAUCAAAAUCAUUUUUUCGUUCUAUUGAUCUUCCUAUGUUUUCUUUUUAGAUUUGUCUUCUUUGACAUAUAAAAUUACUAUAACUAUUAUAAAAAAAUGCUACUACUUGUUAUUCGUCAUCAUUUACUUAUAGCAAUAAUCGUCAUCGGCAUUUUAUGUAACUAUUGUUAUUAUCAUCAUCUUAAACGUCAUCAUCAUAGUAACUAUAAUAUUAUUGAUGUUGUUAUUAUUAUUAUUUAUCAUCGUGCGCUUACCUGCAGGAGCGAAAAACUCUCAUCGUAAGCGUUCAGUUAAUUUAUCAUUUCACCCCCUGGGUUAGAGACAUACUUAUAUACCCAACGAAUUUCGAAUAUAAAAAUAAGUGCAAAUUAGUAAACUUUUCUGAAAUUUAACCAUCGGAGUUCCAAAAAAAAUAUUAAAAACUAAAUUUUUAACAUAUUCGCUACACUUGACAUUUCAACAACUCACCGCCGCAGGCAAAUUGAUCAACCAAUCCUUACACACGUACGCGCAAACACACACACACACACACGGAUUUGUAGUUAUACGUGUAAAACGUAGAUGGUAAUCAACAUCGUAUAAAGUUACUAACAUAUUACGCAAAUUCUUUUCCUUUUUAAAAUUUAAAAUCUGGAUUACGCUUGUGAAAAUCUAUUUAAAACAGUUUACUAACAAGAUUCUCAACGAAAAUAAUAUUCAGAUGGUAAUUUUGCAUAUAAUAUGUAACAUAGAUAUUAUAUUAUAUCUGAUUUCAGGGAUCAACAAUUUUACCAUGAAAGUGAUUUUUCAAUUAUUAUUAUAUAGUUGUUAGAUCCAAUUGAAAUUUUUAAAUACAUUCACCAAAAUUAUUUAAAAGUUACGAUCGAAAUUUGGU